AUAGAUAAUAUAUUGUGUGUGAUGUUAUGUGCGUUUAAUUAAGUUUUUAGGUAUUGUUAUCAAUUAAAAUUGUAAAGCCUCAUACGACAUUCUAUUAAACACUAUGCCGCUUAAUUUGCAAGGAGUACGUCAAUAUCUAAGCGAACUAAGGAACUCUGGCGGAUUGCACAAAGAUCAAGCGGAGAAGUAUAGAAAUGUGUUGAUGGAAAUUCUGGAAAACACAGGAGAGUUAGCUGAAUCAUUGAAGGCAUUUGUUGAAGCAAUUGUUAAUGAAAAUGUGAGUUUAGUUAUCUCUAGACAGCUACUCACAGAUGUCAGCACUCAUUUGGCUUUGCUACCAGACAAUGUAUCACAGGAGGUAUCACACUUUGCAUUAGAUGUCAUCCAACCAAGGGUCAUCUCAUUUGAAGAACAGGUGGCAAGUAUCAGACAGCAUUUAGCUGAUAUUUAUGAACGAAAUCAGAACUGGAAAGAAGCUGCAAAUGUCCUUGUUGGAAUACCACUAGAAACUGGACAAAAGCAAUAUUCUGUUGAUUACAAGUUAGAGACAUAUCUAAAAAUAGCCAGACUGUAUCUGGAAGUUGAUGACCCAGUCCAAGCUGAAGCUUUUGUCAAUAGAGCCUCCUUACUACAAGCAGAAACAACAAAUGAACAACUUCAGAUCUAUUACAAAGUGUGUUAUGCCAGAGUAUUAGAUUAUAGAAGGAAGUUCAUUGAAGCUGCUCAGAGGUAUAAUGAAUUAUCAUACCGGAAUAUAAUACAUGAAGAUGAGAGAAUGACCUGCCUCAGAAAUGCAUUGAUUUGUACAGUACUAGCUUCAGCAGGUCAACAAAGAUCUAGAAUGCUAGCUACAUUAUUCAAAGACGAGCGAUGCCAGCAGUUACCAGCUUAUUCUAUUUUAGAGAAAAUGUAUUUGGACCGCAUAAUAAGACGCUCAGAAUUACAUGAGUUUGAAGCACUUAUGCAAACCCAUCAAAAAGCUACAACUUCAGACGGUUCUACAAUACUCGAUCGUGCUGUGUUUGAACACAAUUUACUAUCAGCCAGUAAACUUUAUAAUAACAUUACAUUUGAGGAAUUGGGUGCUUUGUUAGAGACACCGCCCGCGAAGGCAGAAAGGAUUGCCAGUCACAUGAUCAGUGAAGGUAGAAUGAAUGGCUAUAUAGAUCAGAUUAGUUCCGUCGUACAUUUUGAAACUCGAGAAAUUCUGCCACAGUGGGACAAGCAAAUCCAGAGUCUGUGUUAUCAAGUAAAUAGUUUGAUAGAAAAAAUUGCUGCAGCUGAACCAGAAUGGAUGGCCAAACUCAUGGAAGAAGAAAUGAUCCAAUAAUUCUAAAUAAUUAUAAGUGGUUUAUUGUAACAGCAAGUCAGGCUAUACAAAACUGUGAAACUCUACUUGAUUUUAAGCCUUAAUACUGGUAGAGUUCAAAAUCAAUUGAGGAAAUUUGACAUAUUGUGGUAGCCUGACGUGCAGCCGUAAGUACCCUAAAUAAAUUCAUUUUACUC